GAUAAUGACCUUUGCCAUUGAAUGAAUCACGUUCUUUGAUAGUUAUUUAUUAAUUUCUUCCAGUUACUUUAAAACGUAUCUCGACAAACAUUCAUUUUAUUAUACGUUCCAAUAUGUUUCAUCAAUUAUUUAUAUUUGCUGUUAUCUUUUCACUAACGAUUGCAGAUCAAGAUUCUUGUCCGAAUAUUAUUUUGAGAACACAAUGGAAUGGAAAAAAGUCAAUAUCUGAUAAUUAUUUGAUUCCUCCUCUUGAAUAUGUCAUAAUUCAUCAUACCGUAACUCCUGAAUGUCUAACUCAAUCCACUUGUUCUAGUCAAAUGCAAAAUAUUCAAUCUUAUCACAUGGAUAGUCUUGAUUGGCACGAUAUUGGCUAUUCAUUUGCAAUUGGAGGAGAUGGAAACGUAUACGAAGGGGUUGGCUGGUACAAAGAAGGCGCACACACAUAUGGUUACAAUAAAAAAGGUUUAGGUGUUGCCUUUAUAGGAAACUUUCAAAAUAAGAAAGCAAGCGUCGAAAUGAUAAGUGCAGCGCAUAAACUUAUCAAAUGCGGAAAAUCGGAAGGAUAUUUGCGAAAUGAUGUGAAGGUAUUGGGGGCUCUUCAGGUGGUCAACAUCCUUAGUCCAGGAAACGAACUUUAUAAUCAAAUUCAAAAAUGGCCUGAGUGGUCGUCCCAUGCUUAAAAUCUAGCUAUCUACAAUUACAAAUUUAAAAAGUAAACAAAUUAAAUUAUUAUUUUUUAAAUUAGUUAAAUAAUAUUAUAAAUAUCAGAUAAACAGAAAAAAAGAAAUGUAGAAAACAGUAUAAUUGUUAAAUAAUAUCAAAGAGUGAUUUUCAAUUUAUUUUUUUUUUAUUCUUUUGUACGUCUAUUAUAUACAAGGCUGCGCUAAAAUACAGGACCGCUCUCUGUCCAUGCACAUUACAGUGGUUGGAAAAUAAAAAAAGUACAUUUCUUUUAAAAACAAAAAAUUCAAGAACUGAUUUUAAAAAAAAAACUAUUUACAAUGACGUCGAUUCUCAGGCUAAAUGCACAAUCUUCAAAAAAAUCAACAAAGAUUGACAAUAGCAAAUAAGAAUAUUUACUGAAUAAAAUAAUUAUUAUUCAAUCUAUAAAUAUAAAGUCAAGUAAAAACGAAGCGGUCUCCAUUUUAAAAAAUCCACCAUUAAAUCAAUUGACAUUUUGAUCUUCUGUAAAAUUGAUUUUAAUUAAAUCAUUUGUGCAUGAAAUGUCGCGGAUGUGUAAACCGUUAAUCAUUCCGAACUAUUAAUUCUUUCAACUAUCAAUAGCAAAAUAAAUAGAUUAACUAACCAGUCCAUAUAUACAAACUCUGUACAAUUAUUAAUUAAAUUACUCAAAUUACUUUUCGUAA